AAAAAUAUUUAUCCACUCAUCAAAAUUGCUAGCUCAGAAAAUAUUCCUUUUAUGUGGCAUUAUCAAUCCUACAAUAAGCCUAUCACAUGGGAAAAUUACUACUCACAAAGGCAUGCUACAAUAACUUCAGGAAUUGCAGCAGCUACCACAAUUGUUAUUUUCUUUGUUAUUUUAUUGUUAACGUUUGGUUGUCGCUUCUUCAGCAAUAGAAGAAGGAGGAGAAGUGGAAGAAGUUCGGACGGAACAGGAAGUGUUGGAGCAUCUCAACAAUCUCUCGAUGAUCAAAGGAUGUUUGUUAUUUGCAAUUGCAGCAUCCCACCACCCUUGCCAACCUACGAAGAUGCCUUAAAAAUGGUUCCUAGACCUCUAGAUAUUGAAAGAGGAGAAAAGGAAGCAUUGCCCCCUCCCCCAAAAUAUUCUUUAACUAGUGGAGAGACAAUUUAUACCAUUACUGCAGUGUCGACUUCAACAACAAGUAUUGCUCAAACAAUAACAACAACGACGGGUGAACAACAAGGAGAAGAAAGUCAUCAACAAGAAGAAAAUUUGCCUUCUACAACAACCUCUUAGAAGAAAGAAACGCGAAUUUAAUUUUUGUUCUCUGCCAUUUUUUCCGAUUUUUCACUUUGAAAGCUUCACUUAACUAUUUAUUUUUAAUAGGAUUUUUAUGAUUCGACAUUUUGAAAAUUAUCAAAGAAAAAUUUUAAUUUGUUGGAUUUAUUAAAAAUUUUGAUCUGUUUUGAUUUAUUUUUAGAUGUAAGGUAGCUUUGGCUUCCUGAGACUCUAGUGUCUUUAUUUUUAAAUUAUUUUCAUAACGCCAAAAGUUUUGAAACGAUUGUUUAAUCAAUAAAAUGCGAGAGAUGCAAUGAAGAGAAAAAUACAAAAAGUGACGCUUCUCCUCUUUUAUUGGAUUUUUUGCAGUUUUAUCGGUUUUUUUGGGUUUUUUUCGGGGUUUUUUGUUCGGGUAUACGUUUAGGGGCUUAAGCCCAUCUCUGGGCAUGUCGGAUUCUUUUGUAUUUUCCCGAUAGCCUUUCAUCUUCAUUUGGAUAUUUUUCCACCUAGAAAUGUUAAUGUAAAAUUUGUCGAAUUUUUUUAGCUCCCUUUGGGUUA